AUGUGCCAAACAUUAUUGAAUAUGGUUAAUCAUUUAAACCCAAAAGCAGAAGAUCCGGAAAAGGGACGUAUAACAACUGAUCCUGUUGUCCAGAAUAUGUUAGCGAACUUGGAUGAGUAUGCCUUUGAUUCAAAAUCAAAAUCUCGUGCCACACCCGCAAUAAUCGACGACAAUAAGAUAUCAAAAAUCUCAAGUGUUUUGGUUGAACAGCCACUAUUUGCUGCUUUCUCGACAAAUGAAAAAUUUGUGGAUGAUCAUUUUUCUAUACCUAAUGCAAACGAACCUGAGAAUUCCUAUAUUCAAAAUUACAUGAUGGUUAUGAUUGGGAACGUAGUAAAAAAGGAAGCGCUGGAUUCUUUGGCACGCGCAAAUUCUCAAGCCAAGAAUGUAAAUGUUGUGGAGACAGGAACAGCGUCUGGUUCUUCGAUUGGAGAAACAAUCGAUUACAUUGACGAUUAUAGUGAUACUGCUAGUCAAGUUAACUCACGAUUGGAUCCUGACAAUACGAAUUUUCGAGAGGGUAAACGGUCCGAGCAUUCAAAUCGUCGAUCUCGGCCAAAGUUAAGUCGCUCAAGCUCUAGCAAAAUUGACAUAAAACUUGAAAAAGUGAAUUUGGAAUUCGAUAUUUUUCCCGAUGACAAUUUAUUAGCUUUUAGGCUGUUACUUCUUGUCCGAGAUAUAGAAAUUCUAGACGAAAUAAAGAGUUCUGAAUUGGGUGCAGCAUGGUUACCACAUAUAAAGAGCACUCAAGUGCCCAACGUAGUAUCUGGUGUGGCUCCAAUACGUUCGUUAGUUAAUUUAGGUUCGGACGUUGCUGAUCUUAUUCUCUUACCAAUUGAACAAUAUAAGAAAGAUGGUAGGAUUAUUAGAGGUUUACAAAAAGGGACAGAGUCGUUUGCACGAGCCACAACUAUGGAAACAAUCAGAUUUGGUACCAAACUUGCGAGUAGUACUAAUCCUACAGCAAGUACCAUAGAUGAGGAGCUUGAUAGCGAAGAAGACAAUAUUAAGGAAUUAAUAAGCAAAUACGUUGAUCGGCCAGCAGAUUUGAAUGAAGAGUUUACGAUACUACAGCUCAUACAAUAUUUGCUGUACCUAUGGAGGGAGGCAUAUGAAAAGACUGGAACCCAAGGAACGGUCAAGGCUGUGAUACGAGCAGUUCCUGUUGCUGUUUUAAAACCUAUGAUUGGAACUUCUGAGGCUGUUUACAUGAAGUGUGCCGAGGACCUUAACAUAAAAGACAAAAAGUCUAUCUCUGGCAAGCUCAAGAAAGUCGCUGGAACAUAUAAAGCCCCCAGUAUUCUAGCCGACAUUCAAAGUCCAUUGUAG